GUCGCGUCUCGUAGACAAUGAAAUUCAAAUCUCUCGUCAGUGCUAAUCUACUAAGACGCUAGAAAUGACCACUUUUCGAUCUGUUCUAGUCAACAAAAAAGUAGUGGCAGCCCUGGUCGUGGCUGCCAUUAUCACGAUCUGCGCCAUAGCGAUCCCCGUGGCAAUAGUGACGUCGUACGAUGACGCGCAGAAAGAUCAACUGCCAUUUGCAGGACGGGACGUCCUUGAUGAGGUUCCACUGAUCGAUGGUCACAACGAUCUACCGUUCAAUAUCUACAAGGUGGAGCGUAACCUACUGGCGAACUUUAACUUGGAUUCCAACUUAAAGGAACAUCCCGUAUGGGGUCAAACUGAUUCAAGUCAUACGGAUCUACCCCGGUUGCGGAAAGGAAAAUUGGGAGCUCAGUUCUGGGUGGCGUACAUUCGCUGUGCGGACACGCAGUAUAAGGAUGCCGUUGCACGAACUCUUGAGCAGAUUGACGUAGCGAAACGAGUCAUCGCCAAGUACCCGAAUGAUCUGAAGUAUGUGACCACAGCCGACGGAAUCAUGGAGGCAUUUGAAGAGAAGAAGAUCGCAUCGUUAUUGGUAGUGGAAGGUGGUCACUCGAUCGAUUCCAGAUUUGCAGUUUUGCGUAUGUUCUACGAGUUGGGAGUUCGCUACAUGACGUUGACCCAUUCGUGUAACACUCCCUGGGCGGAUGCUUCACCGAUCGAUGAGGAAGAGGAACCGCAGUUGACCAACUUGUCCGAAUGGGGGCGGGAUGUGAUUAGAGAGAUGAACCGACUGGGAAUGAUGAUCGACAUCUCGCACGUAAGCUACGGAGUGAUGCGGGACAGUUUGAGUCACAGCUUGGCACCGGUGAUCUUCAGUCAUUCGUCGGCACAUACGGUGUUUCAACACCAUCGGAACGUACAGGAUGAUGUGCUGCGGGAACUGGUGAAGAACAAUGGAAUUGUGAUGGUCAACUUCUAUCCCCUAUUUGUUGGGGGCAACUCGAUCGACGACGUAGUCAAACACUUUAAUCAUAUCAAAUCUAUCACCGGCCCGGACCACAUCGGAAUAGGAGGUGACUACGACGGAGUUGGACAAACUCCAGUAGGUUUGGAAGACGUUUCCAAGUAUCCGGAUCUGUUCGAUAUGCUUGCUGCCGGAAAUCUAACCACAGGCGAAACGUUUAGUCCGUGGACGAGAGAGGAAUUGCGUAAACUCGCCGGACUGAACCUGCUGAGAGUGUUCAAACAAGUUGAACGAGUUCGAGAUAACUUGUUGGCCCUGCCUCCGUAUGAAAAUAUUAUUCCUUUUGUAGAUUUUGAGAAGGCUGGAGUUGCCGAUCAACCUUGUAUGACCAAUAUGAACAUACAUAAGGAAUAAAUGUUCACCCAUAAGAUU